AUGAACCCCUGUAAAAAUCCUGCUCCGGGUCAAGUAGAGAGUACAAAAUUGAAAUCCAUUGAGGAAUGGACUGAUCAAGGUGAGGAAAAACAUGAUGCAGCAGAAGAAUUCUUCUACUGUCAAGAGCGUAAGAAGAUAAAACAUGGUGAUAGUUGGAGCCAAUCGCUUGCCACUACAAAUUAUCAACGACUCCAUCCGUACCAAUAUCAGCAUCAAAGAUCAUCUGGAUUAGACUUACUAACCGAUCCAUUACCAUGUCUAGAUGAUGCAAACAUUACUGAUCAAUCAAGAGGCGAAUUGAUGCCUUCAACUUCGGGUUAUGUUAACUUAGUUGAUCAAAAUACGAUUGAAUUGACUACCGAAAAAUCCCAUGCAUGGUCUAAACAACACCAUAAAAGUAAGAGUAAUUCCAACCAUCUCUUACAGAGAAAAAAGAAGGACAGCAAAAAGACAACAAAAUCUCACACGCUUUCCAAUCAAGUGAUUGUAAUCGAUGGUGAUAAUAAUCAUCAAAUGACUAUCCAAACAUUACAUCCAUCGCCUAAUCGAUGUCGGUCUUCCAAAGUAUCACUGCAUAGCCCGUUAAAGUAUCACCACGAAACUACUUCAAAACUAUCUCCUCCCAUCGUUAUUAUCGAUAGCGGUAGCGAUGAAGAAUGCGUAGUAGAUAAUCAUAAUUUCGAUUUGCUAAAUAGAACUUUGAGCCGUAAAAAUCAAUCGAUUGAGUAUGCGCAAGAAUCAGAACAAUCUAAUAUGCAAAAUCAACCGUUAUCGAUAGAAGAAGAAAGCAUACUAACUCAAGAUGAUGGGGAUAAAGGUGAACAGUCAGAUACAAUCAACGAUGUAGUAAAAACAGCUAAAUAUCAGAGUAAAUCUCCGUCUUUAAGUUCUAAUACAAAAGAAACAAAAUCGCUUGAUAGCAACUAUUUCCAGGAUCAUUUUGCGCUAUUUCAGGAAAAAACUCUUGAACAAGCUUUGAAAAUAGAAUACUUGCGAUUACAUUUGAUGCAUGAAAUCCUUCAACUUGAAAAUCAGUAUAAUUGCGUUAUCCUAUUUGAGAAAGCAGACGAGAAAAAGUGUCUGCAUACGUCUAUCUGUCAUCAUCAAAUUAAAGUUCAAUGUAAUCCAUCAAAUAGAGAAUCUAUUAUGAACGAGAUUUAUAAGCUGUUAAAUAAAGUUAUUGUUGAAGAGGACCAGUUUAUUAGUACAGGUUGUAAGGUGGGAAGAUUUUUAACAUCAAGCCAUUGUCAGAUGAGAUUGAAAUCUUUACAAGAUGAAAAUGACUGCAUAACUAUCAUUCUAGACGAUAAAGAUCAAAGUAGUAUAUCAACCAAUUUGAAGGGCUCAAAGCGUAUGAACCAGGUUAAAAGGAAUGAAGUAAAGAUUCAGAAAGUUAUAGAUUCUAAUGGUAGAGCAAGUUGUAAUUUACAAACUACGACGACAUCUGAUGUGGAUAAAGUAUCAAAUAAAUUAAUUCUCGCUAAUAAUAAUGAAUUAUCCGCGCAAACAGUCAUCCCUAAUACUCCUAUAAAUAAACUACCCCUAACGUCAACUUUGCCUAAGAAAGCCACGCCGGAUAAUAUAAAUGAUCGUGUUGCUAUUAAAUUGGUAAUAGGAAGUAUCGAGAAAGAAGGGCGAGUAGCUGAUGUUAUCGUCAAUUCUAUGAAGCUGAAAUCCUAUUACGAUGGCGCCAUCGCUACCGCAUUACAUAAAGCUGGUGGUCUAGGUUAUCAACUUGAAUGUGAAAUUCAGUUACAAUUUCUAGGUAUCAAGGAUAUUGGUAGUACUGGUGGGAGCUAUUUUGGAUGUAAAAAAGUAUAUCACUUGCCAUUUUUAAGUUCCAGUAAAUCGAUCACAUGGCUAAAGGAUGGGUUAGCGCGUUGCCUAGAAAAAGCCAAAAUAGAAUUGAUGAAAUCUAUAGCUAUACCCAUGAUUGGAAUUGGUGGAAGUCGGUUAAAGGCUGAUGAAGUGAUCAAAGGAAUGAUCGAUGUGGUAUCUAGUUUCAGUCGGCAGCUUAAGGAAGAAAUUUGCUUAAAGACGGUUUAUUUUGUUAUCCUAGAUAACCAAAUUAAUCAUCAACAACUAUUUAUAAGACUAUUACAUGAACGAUCAACUGGAUUAAAUGCACCAAAUCAGACUGUGCCAUUAGUCACUACCACUCAAUCACCGUCAUCAUCAUCUCUCCUAUCAUUUAACAGUAUACCUGCUACACCACCAAUAGCUAUGCAACCUGUUUUAAUGCCAGAUCGCAAGGAGAUUGAAUUAGUUACAAAAUGUAGCAGUAGUAAUCUUGCAAAUAGCUCGAACGGUAGCUAUGUACUGUACUUUACCGCUUGCUGUUAUAUUAAUGAUAAACCAUUAUAUGUUAAUCUCUAUCAUGGAAAUAUUGUUGCAGCUACAAGCGAUGCCAUUAUUGAUUUAACAGUAUUAUGUGAUCAACAUCGCAAAUUAGAGACAUUAGAUGGUGUUAUGGACAAUUGUAAUUCUCAGCAUACAUUGGAAACUUUGCAGUGUUUGCCAAAUUUUCAACUCAAUUGUAACUUAUAUCAGAUAUGUCCAUAUGGCUGUUUAACCGGUGUGGGUCAGUUAUUAAGCUAUAUUAAUGCAAGUGGUGAUCGUUCUGUUUCAUUCCCAUUAAUAAGUAUAGAAUUAAACGCGGAGUAUAUCCACCAGAUACUCUUUGCGAUUGAAUUAUUCUUGUUUAAUCACGAAGAUGAUAAGACCAGAUUGAAUUGUGUUGAUUUUGCCUUAAGUUCAAGAGAUCGAGUGGAAGAGAUUGCAACAUGGAUAGGGCAAGAGAUUAAGAAGCUAAAGUUGCAUUGGGAAAUAACUUUUAGUAUGGCAAACCCCCAAUUUGGUUUAAAAAUUAUCUACGCAUCUCAGAAUCGCUAUAAAAUAGACCGGAUGCGAUCAAUUGUGAAUGAUUGUGCUGAUACUUGGAGGUGCCACCAAAUUACUGACGAAGAUUACUUCGUCGAUAUCGACCUAAAUCGUUGGCAUUAUAUAGCAUUACAAUUUUGGUGCAAAUAUAAUACAAUCCUAGUCUAUUACCAUCGAAAUAAAAUGAUAAAAAUUCAUGGAUUUGAAGCCGAUAUCUUAAAUGCGAUAUCAGCUAUUCAUAAGUUAUUUGCUUCACGGUUGAAAGAAAAAGCCGCUAACGAAGUACAAGUAGCGAUAGCUAAAACUACUUCCUGGUAUGCCAUUAUUGGUCAAUCCAAAUUUAAAUUUGAUAGUAAGAUGAAUUAUGACCUCAUUAAAAAUUAUGAAACCUAUCUCCAAGAUAAGACCAAUAAGAUUUUUUUGGUCGAUUCAGGAAUAAAAUCGAUUGACUAUGAAAACAUGAUUAUGACAGUUUCUGGAAAACAGUAUCCGAUAGGAAGAUUUAUGUCAACCGAUGACGAGAUCACUGUACCUCCGUAUUGGGAUGAAAUGGGUGAAACAACUAAUGGUUAUUAUCACGCUGUUGAUGUUACUAAUCAACACGAAAUAAGUGAAAUUACAAGUCUUCUUGGAUUCACUGGGCUUCGUGUUCGCAAUAUAACACGUAUUCAAAACUGGAAUUUGUAUCGUCGCUAUCAAAUCAUGAAAAAAGAUGUUGAAAAUGCAAUCCGGAAAUACAAACCUGGCACUCCAGUUGAGAAGCUGUUGUUUCACGGUACAGCAGGAUCGAAUAUCGAUGGUAUAUGUAAGAGGGGCUUUGAUAGGGACUACUCAGGAAAAUCAUUUGGUUCUAUGCUUGGAACAGGAACUUAUUUUGCUGUCCGUGCAAAAACAUCACUCACUUAUGGUAAUACACUAUUAAUAGCUCGCGUUCUAACGGGUAUCUAUGUUCAAGCAGGAAUUAGUAGUUCGAAUAAGCCUAAUUUAACACUUAUCCCAGGAAGUCAAUCAGAACGAAUCCAUUCUGUUGUUGAUAAUUACACUAAUCCAACUAUAUUUGUAGUAUCAAAUGAUAAUUCAGCUUAUCCCGAAUAUAUUUUACGUGUUUAA